CAAGAAUUCCGCCAUCCCCAGGACCAGGUAGAAGACAGUCGAGUUUCUAUGGCGCAACGAGCCCGAUGCGGUCCCCAUCCCGCCCAUCAUCAUCAAUGACCAGCUAUUCAAGGUCACCAUCCAGAUCCUCAUCUCGAAAACCUAGUGGGGGCGAUUAUCUUGCACGACCGCCCUCUGCCAUGCGGCUGCCAUCCAGACCUCGCCCAUCUUUGUCCACGAAUACUGCAUCGGGUGAUCAUGGCCUUGCCCCGGCUACUGCAAAUAGCCCAUCAAAAUUGAAGCUGCCCUCUACGAGAAUGGGUGGACAUAAGGGAAAUGCUAAUCUGGCAUUUAUCACGACAAAGCCUCGUCCGGCCUUGACUCAAACCCACAUGAACGCCGUUGGAUCGGGCCCGGAUGCGUCAUUACUUAGCCUAGAUGUGAAGAAAACACGAAGAGCGCAGCCAAAGCUUUCAACUUCAAGGCAAUCAUCGGUCGCCCCCCGGUCACCGUCCGCACGAUCCACGGCAUCAGACUUAACACCAGAGCAACAGUCGGAAAUGGAAACAAGGAAGGUCUCGAAGUCCUCAAGCGCUCUUAGAGAGAGCAUUGCUAAAGCUAAGGCGGCAAGAAAAGCAGAAGCGCAAAAGCGCAUGCAACCCUCGUCAUCGAAUGAUGCUUGGGAUCGGCUCAACACCGAAGAUCCGUUCAAUCAGAACCCCCAGGAUUCAAAUAUUGGUCUUCUUCAAAAACGCCUUGAAACAGGCAGAACCUCUGGGCAUCUCAACAUAGCAGCCAUGUCUCUGAAAGAACUUCCCAAGGAAGUUAUGGCGAUGUACGACUUCGAUCCUGAUGCUACUACUGAAUGGUACCAGAGUGUAGACCUGGUUAAGUUCAUUGCGGCUGACAAUGAGUUUACGGAACUUCCUGAAGAAGCUUUCCCUGACAUCGACCCGCACGAUAUAGAUAGGGAUUCUGAUGACGAGAAGGGAAACCAAUUUGGCGGGCUUGAGCUGCUAGAUUUGCACGGUAACCUGCUACAAUCUCUACCGAUAGGCUUCAGAAGAUUACAAAGACUUCACACCUUGAAUCUGUCAAAUAAUAAUCUCAAAAUGAACGAUUUACAGGUCGUUAUGGAACUGGUAUCCCUGAAAGAUCUUAAGCUGGCCAAGAAUCGAUUGGAAGGCACUCUUACACCAGAGAUCAAGAACCUGAAUAUGCUGGAGACUUUGGAUUUGCAUGAUAAUAUUCUCACUGACUUGCCCCCAGAAGUGUCACAAUUGAGCUCGCUUCGAGUCUUGGAUGUUGGUGGUAAUCAGCUGAGUUCAUUACAGUUUGAAGCCUUAAGCCAGCUUUCUCUGAAGGAGCUCCGAGCCCCAAAGAACAAACUGAAAGGCACACUCAUCCCAGCUUCGAUUUAUAAGCUCAAAGCACUGCAGGUUCUUGAUGUGGCCAAUAAUGCAUUGGUGAAGCUUGCCGAAAACGUGGCUUUGGAGCUGCCCAAUCUCCAGACUCUAGCAAUUAGCUGCAAUCGUAUACAGUCCUUGCCGGAUCUGUCGUCCUGGCAGGCCUUGCUGACAUUGUCGGCCGAAGAUAACAGCAUUCCAAAUCUCCCAGAAGGCUUCAUUGGCUUGAAGAAUAUUCGAAACGUCGAUUUUACAGGCAACGAUAUCUCCAAAUUGGACGACAGAAUCGGCUUGAUGGAGAGUCUGUUCACGUUUCGAGUGGCUAAUAAUCCCCUGCGCGAACGCAAGUUCCUGACCAUGGGCACUGAGGACCUGAAGCGCGACUUGCGAAACCGAUGCGAGCCAGAGCCCCAGGAUACCGACGAUGACGCGGGCUCUGUCGCGACCCAGUUCACAUUAGCACCGGAAACCCCAGCUCAGACGGCGGCUUGGCAGAUCAAGCCUGGUGGUGUUCUUGAUCGGUCUUACACUGAUGUGCGUGAGCUAGAGCUGGACGAGCUGAGGCGAAUUGACUUAAGCGAAGUGCGAUGUUUGUAUCUGCAUCACAACGAGCUACGCUACUUUCCUAUAUCUGCCCUCAGUUUACUGGCCUCUACUCUCACAGAUCUCGACCUUUCCAACAACCCACUAGAUAGCACAACACUUUUCGCCUCAGCUCUUACGCUUCCCAAUCUUCAAAGCCUGAAUCUGAGUGCUACAAACCUUACUACACUGGAUCCCAUCUUGGCAAACCUUGUGGCACCGGCUUUGACAUUCCUGGAUGUUUCUUACAACCGCUUGUCUGGCCAGGUGCCUGCCGUACGUCGCACUUACACCAACCUGGUGGCAUUUGUGGCCGCAGACAAUCGAUAUACCAACUUGGACUUUGAUGCCGCCCAAGGCCUUCAAGUAUUAGACGUGGGAAAUAAUGAUAUCGGCAUGCUUCCACCUAAGCUAGGCUUGCUGAGAGGAGAAGGCUCGAGCAGAAAUUGGGGGAAUGGAUCUGCCCUAAGACGGUUCGAGGUUGCCGGAAAUAGCUUCCGUGUUCCUCGGUGGCAGAUUGUCGCCAAGGGUACUGAUGCCAUUCUUGAAUGGCUCAAGGAUCGGAUGACUGCAGAAGAGCUCUCUCAAUAUGAGUCGCUCGACGACUCGACUGAAGAUUGGACUGCUACAUAGUAUGGAAACUGUCUGAUUUUGCGCGGCACUCAUCAUCUUUGUGAGCAGAUCUUAAUGUCCUGUAUCGAUGUCCUUGUUCCGGGUAAUUGU